GUGGGCGGGACGAGGAGACGCCUGCCGGACGUGCGGCGCUCGGCAGGACCAGAGGCCGGUUGGUGUGCGCGGUGUUCAUCCCUGUCGGAAGAUUCUUCAAGCAAUCACUAUGUCAACCAAUACAGAUGUUUCCCUUUCUUCCUAUGAUGAAGAUCAGGGGUCCAAGCUUAUCCGAAAAGCUAAAGAGGCACCGUUUGUCCCCAUUGGGAUGGCGGGUUUUGCGGCAAUUGUUGCCUACGGGCUCUACAGGCUGAAAAGCAGGGGAAAUACGAAAAUGUCCCUUCACCUGAUCCACAUGCGCGUGGCCGCCCAAGGCUUCGUGGUAGGAGCCAUGACUGUUGGUAUGGGCUAUUCCAUGUAUCGGGAAUUUUGGGCGAAACCUAAGCCUUAGAAGACGGGAUGCAGGCUUGGCUCUGUUAGACAUCUCAUAUUGAGGUUACAUUUUCUGUUGAAAAUAAAUAAUUUGAGUGGAUGUGGACAAUAGUACGUGGUGUCUUCAAUACUGACCUCCUUUCUUGUAGGUGUAAUUUGCCUAGUAACCAAAAUUAUUUGUGACUAGUUCACUCGGGUCAUUCAGAGGAGCCAAAUUAACACAGUGUUACAUCUGAGUUUCCCCCUUCUGAAACUUUUGUAGUCCUGAAUAACAACAGGCCAACCUUGAAGCUACGCCCAGUUUGCUGCAGAGUAUCACAUGCUUUGCAUGUUAGGAGUCUAAUUACCCCAGUUAACUUCAGUUUUUUCCUGCCUGCCUCAUAGACUGGUUGACUAUUUCAAUUUUUGGGGCUAGUUAUCUUUUUUAAAAGAGUUUGUGGAAUGGAACUUGUAAACCCUUCCCUAACUGAGAGAGAGUGUGUGUGUAAAAACAGAACCUUUUAAGGUAGCUGUGUAGUAGCAUAUUUCAGAAUCACACCUGUAAACAUGAGACUAAUUUAAUUAUGGAUUCCAAUUUAGUUAUAACUGCAGAAUUAUAUUUUUGCUGCUGUUAUACUAAAUUCAUUUUGAAAUUGAAACUUGUGUUUUAACUGCCUAAAACAAAGGUAAAUUAACAUUUUUAAAUGUGUACAGUAUUUUUUUCCUUCUGUGCAAGACUUAUAAAUGUUAAAUUAUUUAUAGUGGACAUGAUUAAUAGUUUGUAAGCAAGUUGGUUGGUCAGACAUUAUACACAAACUUUGAUAUAUACAGAAUAUGUAAUUAUACUUGUAAAAUUCUCUUGUCUAACCUGAACUUAAAUUUCAUGGUGAUAGUCUGAUCUAUAUAUUGCUAUUAAAGUGAGUGAACACA